UGUAAACUUUUGUUUAUUUUUAUCUUGCUUGGUUUCAGUUCUUGCCAUGUGAGUGUUGAGUUUCCUCUGGAUUCAUGUUGAAUCUAUUUUAGUAUGUUGUGUUUAAUUCUUUUGAAAUCUGAGAUGACAUUACACUUGUUUCUUUUUGUCGACUUGAUUUUCUGUUCCCAUCCUAAGAAAUUUGUGUUUAUGUUAGAAAAUACAUGGUUUUAUAUUUCAUGAAAGCUGUCAUUGUAUCACCAACAGAUAUUUGAUUUCCAAGACUUAAAAGGAUUUUAAGAAGAGGAAUUUGGCGACAUGACGAAAAUCAUCUCCUCUCAUGCCCGUAUAUCUCAUAACACGAUCUCAAAAUGACCCUUUUGUUCUUUUAAUUUUAUAUGUCAAACGAAAAAUCAUAAAAUUAAAAUGAAAACGUGAAUAUUUUUUAUUUGAUUUAUAAAAUUUGAUAAAAAUAUUUCAAAAAUCCAAAAACGUUGUUUUCCAUAUUUUCGAAAAAAUCAUCAAAAUAUGAUUAAAAACGAUUUUAAAAUAUUUUUUUUGAAUUUGAAAAAUAUAGAAUUUAAAUAUUUGCCCAUGGGUUCACUAAUCCAUGGGGGUUAUGGUUUAGUUUUGAUGACCGGGAAGGAUUUGAUUUGGGAGUUUAGAUUUUAAUUAAAAAAAGAAUUAUGAAAUAAAGGCAUAGGAGACUCUAGAAACCCAUAGGAGAUUUGACAUUUCACAUUUGGGUCACGCGAAAAGUUGGCUCACAUGACGAUAACAAACCAUACAAUUAAGUAUAUAAGCAUAGUAUUCAGUAGGUUAUGAUAUUUACAUAUUAAUUGAUAUUUUGCCCUUCUUCAGUUUCACAUCUUCUUUUUAAUUAAUUAAGUUUAAAAUUACUUAUUCGAAUUUCUUAAAUACCUAUUAAAACAUAGAUUUUUUGUAUAUAAUAUGUUUUGAAUUUUGUAAAACUAACAUAUACUUAUAAAUUGAAUAUACAUAGUUAUAAUAAGAUUUUUUUCUAUUCUUUAUUAAACCUUGUCCCUCAGAAUUUUUGGAGAUUUUUACAUACAUAGACCACUAGAUAUUGAAAAAAAAAAAAUUACUAAAGUUUUUAAAAAAUGUUUUGAAGACCCCAAAAUCUCAGUUCCUACCUUGGGUAUGUGGACCAGCCUCGAUCAGCCGGAUCAUCAUAGGAGGAGACAGUUGGUUCAUCUUCUGGUUGCUCCUUCAAUUCCGCUCUCACCUACAUAAUCAAAAAAUAUAUUAUAGAACCAAGCACUAGUGAUAUAUGAAAGGAAGCGACGACCUAAAGAAGAUGAUUAAGAAAAUUCGGAGAACCUCCGCUGCGAUUCGGGCAUACUCAGGAUCAUAAUCUGGCGACGCGUCCCUCAUAUCACCAAAUUGUCUUAUCUUUUCAGAUCCCACGAGAAGCAGACCGAAGGAAGAACACAACUGUUUUGAGCGGAGAGAUUUAGGGCAAGCUUGGUCAAGAGAGUUGGAGGAGGUUAUGGAGGAUUUUGAGUUAUUGCGAAGGAAAAAAAGAAGGCGGAAGGCUAAGCUAAAGUUGUUCGGUUUGGAUGUUGUUCCAAACCAUCCCGAUUUCAAUAAAGAAGGGUUGGCCGAUGGUUUUGAUGUGGAUAACUGUAGCUAUCCGUCUAGACUAAUUGAGUCUACUUGGGGCGAGGACUAUGACAUCGCUCUUUAUGGUAGGCUUGGAAUCUACUGCCACAAUUUUCAGAAGGGAACAAACUUCAAGUUUGUGCGCUGGGAAAAGUAUGAUGUUAUCUCUACUGCAGAUGUCCACUUCUACGUAACUUUGGACGCCAGGGAUCCUGCCUCUGACUCGGUCUUCUCUUUUCAGACCUUGUUAUGCGAAGAUUCUUCUUCAAACUUUCCCGUUAGGUGGAAUACCUUAGCCUGCAGAAUCAAAUGUGACGAUGCUGUGGAUGAACGUUGGGACGAUAAGGCAGUAGAUGAUUUCUACAAAGAUGCAAUGCCCAAAUGGUUGUCUGAUGAAGAAUUGGCGUCUGACAAUAAAAAGUAUUAUGUGGUGCAAGAAUUAGAGUUGCAGGAGAAUGACUGGCUACAUCUAUUCACCGAAAUUGCGUUCUACUCAAAAACAAAUAACGAAUUGACUGCUCCCCCACCCUUGGAGAUUGAGAAGGUGGUUGUAGUAACUACAGAAGACACAGAAGAAGGCCAUGAGAAGCUGAAAGCCCAAAAUGCAAUCUUCUAUGUAAAUUACAAGUAUAAUGGUGAAUAUACAAAAUGGGCACGUGAUCACAAAGCAGUCAUAAGGAAAACCAUGGAUGGGAAGCCAGGACACAUGUAUCUUGAAGUUGUAACAGCAGAGUGAACUGAAGAAGAAAAGACAGAUAGGGAUCUGUUCUUUUAAAAUACCUAUCAUUAACGCUAUUACUAACUCUAUCAUGGUACAUAUAUGCACUGUGUUGUGUUGUGUUGUGUUUGGCUUGUGAUUGACUGAAACAAUUUGGACUAGAACGAGCAGGAUUUAUUAUUAUUAUCGUCAAGGAGAGAUUUAUGUUUGCAAUGCAUAAUUAGUAUGUGAACGAAUUGCAUAGGUUGUCAAUACAUUGUAGGAUCCAUGUCGUCUAGGUCUAAGAAUUUAAGUUCUACUAUGUCAACAAGCUGGAGGACUCAAGGUCAGUCGAUAUUUCUAUCCCUUAGAGUUUCUCUUCAUAUUUUAUUUAAUUCUAGUCUGCUCUGUUUUGAAGAUGCCUAAAUUACUUAUCAUCGGAUUGCCACCAUCUGUGUAUUACUCAAACUACCUUAUUAUCAUUGUUCAGAAAGUAUUGUGAACCACAUGAUGAUUUGGGGAUUUCACACAAUGAAGAGGUAAAUAGAAGGCUCUAUAGCCAUCUUAAACCGCUUAUUUAUCCCUUUUCAAAUGAGAUCUUUAGGAUCUCUACUCACCCUCAUGAGUCAUGAUGUGUUUUGGUGUAAACUUUUGUUUAUUUUUUAUCUUGCUUGGUUCAGUUCUUGCAUGUGUGAAUGUUGAGUUUCCUCUGGAUUCAUGUUGAAUCUAUUUUAGUAAGCUGUGUUUAUUUCUUUUGAAACCUGAGAUGACAUUACACUUGUUUUUUUUUUGUCGACUUAAUUUUUUGUUCCUAUAGGCUCCAAUUUCCCUAGAAAAUACAUGGUUUAUAUUUCAUGAAAGCUGUCAUUGUAUAAUCAACAGAUAUUUGAUUUCCAAGACUCAAAAAGGAUUUUUGGAAUAUGAAUCAUUUUAUACAUUUAUUAAAUAUAUAAAUUAUUUAUUCAUGUAACGUCUGAGAGUAUGCCACGUAAUCCUCCUUCGAUCCUCUAUAAAUUCAUUGUCAUUGUACUGCUAAACCCUACAGCAACAAAAAAAAACAUCUUCACGCAAAUAUUUUCCCUCUUUUUGGUAAUAAAAAGGAAAUUUUAUUUUUCCUUUCUUGUUCUUCACACUUCUAGAGUUUUCCUAGCAAACUUACCAGAAAGAAACAGAGACAAGCUCAGAAGCAGUAUAUAAACACAAAAGGUGCCUCUGAGAAUUGGAGUAAGAAAGAAGCAAAAAUGUGUUUGGAGUUUGUCUAUCACGAGGAGAAGACGGAGCUUGGUCGGCAACAAGCACCGGGUGUAUGUCCGUAUUGCGGUGGAAAAGUGGCUGCAGUAGAUAUUGAGACCAAGUGGUUGUUCUGUUUCUUGCCACUCUGUUUCAAGGUCAAACGCAAGUACUCGUGUUCUUCCUGUGAUCGUCGUCUCGUCUUGUAUUAUUGAAAGAAGCAGAGCAAAAGAAGAAAGAAUAUUUAUAUUAUUUAUUUAUCGGUUUUGCUACUCUUAAUGUGAGGUUUUUGCAGAUUUUCCCCUGUAAUUUCUGAUUUGCUAUAAACACCCAUCUUGGUGAUGACAUUAGUUAAGUUCAUUAAGUUUUGUGGGUUUCAUGUAAAUAAUUUACUGGUCGUGUUUCGUCGAUUACAUGAGUGAAAUUCAUUUUUUUUUAA